CGCCAUGCCAGAUGUGUGUGUAUGGAUAUCGUUCGGCCAAGCCCAGGAACUGCAACCAGUCAAUAGUCCGUAUUUGCGAGACAUGAUCGCACGUCGUUCCCGCCAGAAAGCAAGUCCAGUCAGUUGAUGGGCAGCAUGGCGGUCCAUGCCCUACCCCGGCCGAGCUGCCGCCACUCUAUCCAAGCCUGAGAAGAGACCUUUGAUUCCGACCCAGACAGCUGGUCGGAUCAACCGCCUCGUGAGGCUAGCCCCGAAUGUCGAGUCCAGGUCCGGCGUGCUGAUGUUACCCUCUUUUACCCCAUGCCGGCCCUCUUUUUCUCUUUUGACCGUCUUCUCUCGCAGGAAUAAAGAUUCAUCCUCCACUUCUCACUUUUCACUCUCUUUCCUCCCCAUCGGUAGGAAACUUUGCUCUGUUGCCUCCGGCAGUCAUCACAUUCGUUUUGUUGUUGGCCCGACUCCCUCCCAGGAUCUUGAUUAGAUCCCUGACCCUCCGCCCCUUCAAACAUCCAGUCUCUCGCUCCUCAUUGUGUGCGCUUGAUCCUCCCUCUCUUGUCGUUGUCGAGGUCUUUGGUUGGAAUCUUUCAACCUUCACUUCCAAUUUACACAAUCUCAAGCCAGCCACCAUGGCUCACCGUCCCGCACCGCCACCUCCUCCCAUGGCGGAGAGCAGCCGCCCUCCCCUGUCUCCUCUCUCAGGAGCUACAACACCGGCUCGCAGCCAGCGAAGUCUCUCUAUUCCGAGGCCAUUUGGAUCUCGAAUCCAGUCACAGGGCUCUUCUGUCGUUGGCUUCACCACAGAAGACCUCCCCUUCGGCGUCCGCACACCCGGCUCCUUCGGCCACCGCUCAUGGCAGUCUCGUGGCGGCGAGUCUGCUGCCUCCUUCGUGUCCUCCGUCCAGACUGAAGAGGCGAAGCUGAGAUGGGACUCUGACUCGGAGCUGAAGCUUGUGUCCAAGUCUCUCUUGCGGUUCCAGAAAUGGUGUCUGCUCAUCGGCUUGCUGUGUAUCAAUGCGGCCCUUAUCUACGUAUCAUUCACGUACCACGUCGCCCACUACUUCUUCAUGGUGCUUCUCAGCUCCAACACCGUCCUCCAGUUCAUAAUGAUCGUCUUUAUUCUGGGUCACUUCAUCUUCAAGGGUAUCUUCUUCUGCUUCCGCCGGAAAGAGAAGGUGCCAGAGACCCCUGAGAGAAUGGUCAUGCUUCUGCCAUGCUACAACGAGACGUUUCAGGAGCUUACUCGAUCUCUGGACUCUUUGGUCGCGCAGAAGAACAUUGACGACCACCCGCGCAUGAUCUUCAUUGUGGUCGACGGCAACGUCAAGGGCGCUGGUAUGGAGAAGACCACGCAGGAGUACCUUCUCGAGGACAUCCUGGAGCCCGGCCCAACGCGCUUCUUCGAGAACGGCUACCGCGCUCGAGACGGCCUUUUCAUGCCGACCAAGAUCCAGACUGGUUACUACAAGGGCAUUCCGUAUGUCUUUGUUGGCAAGCGUUACAACCAGGGCAAGCGUGACAGCUUGUGCUUUGCCCGUUCGUUCUUGUACCAUUUCCACAAGCGCUCCACCAACAUCAUGACCAUGUUCAGCAAUGAGCUGUUUGAGCAUCUGGGCAACGCGUUCGUCUCUCAGGGCCUUGAUAAUGUCGAAUACCUCGUUGGUAUGGACGCCGAUACUGUGUUCGACGAGUUCUGUAUCUGGGAGAUGUUGAGAGAAAUCCGCAAGAACCCCAAGCUCGUUGGUGUCUGUGGUCACGUCUGUGUCGACUAUGACGGCAAGAACUGGGGUCUCUGGUCGCUGUACCAGUCGGUCGAGUACUCCCAGACCCAAGGUCUCCGUCGCAUGUUCCAAUCCCGCAUCACCGGAAAGGUCAACUGUCUCCCCGGCUGUUGUCAGCUGAUCAAGAUUGACGAGGCCACUUUCGGCGACGAGGUCCUCCGCCAGCGGUUCGGAUACUGCCCCAAGCCCAACGAUCUCAUGACGCAGCACAUCAUGGGCAACUACUCGGAGGACUCGAUCCACGCCAGCAUCAUCUUCUCGCUCUUCCCCCAGCGCCAGACCGCCCAGGCCCUGCGCGCCAAGGCCUUCACCAUUGUGCCGCAAGACUGGAAGGUCUUCCUGUCCCAGCGCAAGCGUUGGGCGCUCGGUUCAAUCUCCAACGAGUUCGUCAUGAUCUUCCGCCCCGGCAUCAUCCCCAUCGAGCGUCUUCAAUCCAUCAUUGCCGUCAUGACCUGGUUCAUCACACCCUUCAUCAUGGCCGCCGUCAUCGCUUUGAUUAUCAUUCUCUGCCGUCGUGGUGAUGAGUUGGUGAGGGAUCCGGUCUUCAUGUCGCUGUUCGCCCUGCUCUUGUUCCGAUACAUCUACUCCUUCUGCAUCGGUUUCUGGCUACCGAGAAACAUGCUCGAGCGCAUGCAAUACUUUGUCGGCUACUUCUUCCACCUGUGCACGUCGCCCUUCCUCAACAUGAUCAUCUUGGGGUACUCCCUCGUCUACUCGGACGACUUCAAAUGGGGUAAGACCCGCGAGGUCAUCAAGGGAGGCGACGACGAGAAGAUGGACGCUGAGGGCGGUCGUGGCACUCUUUAAGAGCCUUGCGCAAAACAAUCCACAUUGCUGGAUGAUGCGCGCUGGCACUAAGGGAGUCACUAUUGUCCUGGCGUCGCGGCAUCCCACACACCAAGACCGAAUCGGGCGUUUCUCAGCUGACUACUUUUUGCUUGUUUUCUUCCUCUUCACACACAUUUCUUACUGUUGAAUCAUUCAUGUGGCGUUUUUACCUUGCUUGAGGCUGAAAAAUAUGGGAACAUUAGACUCGUCCAAGUCAGACGAAUGGGAAAGCGUGAAGAACAUGGGAAGGACCAUGAUUGGAGGGAAAUCGGAGAAAAAAGUUGAUAUCGCAUCAUCAUAUCUACAUAGCAUCUACACUCUUUUGGGAAAAGGACACACAAUUGAGGCGGGCUGAAUAUGGGGGAGGAAGCGAAGGAAUUCGGGGAUUGGUUCACUUCAUCUUUGCACACAUGCACAGCACACACGGUACCGCCACCAUCAUCAUCACAUACCUCGAAAAGAGCUGGAAAGUUCGUACAUAUCGAAGACCUUAUUGUACAGAUGGGCGCGGGUGGAAAGGGAGAGGGGAUGAUGAUGAGGGGCUGAGCUCUGGCUGGACCUUGAUCGUUUCGAUUCUUCACAACUCGCUAUACUUUCGUCGCCCGGGGAAUUCCCUGAACGACAGUUGUUUUUGGCAACGAUUUUAUUUCUUUAUUUUUAAUGUAAUGUUUAGGUCUGGUGGCUACAUGAAAUGACUUAUGAAGCAUAGAUACCUUUCCCA